AUGUUACUAAGCAGUUUAAAUACAUCCCUCGAACAAUUAGUAAGGAAAAGGGAUUUGAUACGGGAAUUAGACCAGAAAAUCGAAGCGAAAACUACAGACGAAAAGAACUUAGAAACGGAGAUAUUCGAAGCCGAAGAACUGAGCUGUGACCUGGAAGAAAAGAUCAACCACAUUCGUAAGUACAUUGACUUAUCUAUUAGCGCUUUGAACAAUCCAUCUACUGUAUCUACACAAGAAAAUACUGGCUCAAGUUUGCCAUCUGUUUCACAAAAUACAAAUACAGAACCGUCAUCUGCAGCAGCCGAU